CGUGUUUCAUUCGUGUUUGGUCCUUGUGGUAAUUAUUGUGGUUUAAUUAAAAUACUUUUUGUAGAAAAGUAAUUUGCGUAAAUACGAGCAUUGUCGCUGAUUUGUAAAAACCAACAAAAAAAUCUAAACGGAAAUUCAUGUCGGAAAGCGAGGAAGAAGAUACCGGUGGCGAUUUUUCGGCCAGCGAAGACGAGUGGUUGCCGGAAAAAUCGGCUGGCGGCAAGAAAAUAAUCCACGGAUCCUCGACAGCAGCACCAGGAAACAGUGAUGACUCCGAUACCGAGAGUGAGGAUUCUCUGCCCGAGAAUCCUUUUCCUAAAAAGCACCAAACAAAACGCCCCAUGGCGGCUUCCACGAGACGCAAAAGCGCUGGAAUCGCUGGAGCCAAAAAUCUCAAUACCUCGCAGACAAACAAUCCUGCAUCGAAACGCUCGGUAACCAAGCAACCGGGAGAUGAAUCCGACAGCAGUGGCGAUGAGUACCUGGUCGAUCCGACAAAGCUUGAUUUUAAUUCGAAAUUUUUCGAUAAAUUGGCACCAGUCCCAACAUAUGCGCCCAAUCAGGCAACGGCUCCACAGUUUGCCGGGACCAUUGGGCAUUUAUCGGACAGUUCCGAGGCCGAAUGUGAUGAUUCGACGGAUGAGCCACGUAAAACGGAUCAUCCGCCAUCUAACGACGAAAGGCAAGGCGGCAAACAACUGAUUGCCAAAAUCAAUGAAAUGUCGCAGGCGUAUGCGAAUUUUCAGGAUUUUACAAACACACUAGAAAUGGCCAAAAACCACCUAAAAUCCGUAACGAGUCAAGCGAAUCAGAGGCAAUCGACUGAUCAAGGAUCAAGUGGUUCAGCUAUCGAUGUCUCCAACUUGCUGGCGUUAGGUGAAGCGAAUGUUAAUGUUGAAGAGGUGAACCAAACGACGACAGCAGGCAAACGGAAGAAAGCUCCAACGAAAGGAAAAAAUAGUAAAAAACCGGUGGAAUCGGAUUCCGAUUGGGAGGAGGUAGAGGAGCAAGAUCAGCCAAGUACAUCAUUGGCCACUCCACAAUCGGUGCAGAUUACAGUCGCUCCGGAAGCGAGAGCCGCGCAACGGAAGCGUAAAUGCACCGAAGUAGAUGUAGAUGCUUGCAUCAAACGUAUGAUCAAUCGUGAGAAACGCGACGCCCAACUUGUGCUGCACAAAAUGACGAUUAUCAUGGGUGUUGCGCACGGUAACUACACGAACAGUGUGCUAAACGAUCCAUCGCUAUUAGCGAUCGGAAACGUGCUAAUGCCAUCGGAACGCUGCUAUCCAAAGGGUCCAACGGAUAUAAAUUAUCUACAGCAAAUUUUGGCGUUCUUUCGGGAGAUUAUUACACUCAAAGGUACGCGAUCAUUCAGCCGGCCGUGGAAGCGUCUUUCAUUAUCGCAAACGCUCCGUUUGCAACUCCUCUCACAAAUGGCCAACUGUAAGCGAGAUUACGUGCUGAUGUUCAUCAUACUGCUUCGAUCGAUUGGCAUUCACUGUAGGAUGGUAGUGUCACUGCAGGUGGCACCAAAGAACGUUCCCAAUGCGGAGUUAUUGAAAGUUUCGACGGCUAAUGGAGGCAAGAAGGUGAAGGUAUCGGAAAAAACAAAGGAUACCAUCGCAAAAGAACACGAUUAUGAACCAGCAAAUAAAUCCACCUCAAGUCGUAAGCGUAAAGCAACCGCAGUGACUAUACAACAGCUCGACGGGGCCGAUGAAGUAUCGACGAGAGGCAAGCAAUCAAACUCCAAAGGACGUUCUAAACAGCAACCUCGUGAACGUCAAAAGGAGGCUGUUACCAUUUCAACUGAGAUAGGAAUUUCACCAAGAAAAACACGUGGUCAACGUUUGGAAGAAAAACAACGUCAGCAGGAUCCUUCCAAAGAUACCAAAACGGCAAAGGUACCUUCUAAGCCAUCGAUAGCUGCACCAACACGAUCAAUACAAGUCAGCGAACCCUCCAGCUCAAAGAUGGUGCGAAGAGAUUACCCAAAAACCCCGACCAAUCGAUCACUAAGCAUUGAACCAUCGACAAGUAGUGCGAAAGUUAACCGUUCUCCUUCCGUGAAGGAAGAGAAACAGUCACAGUCCAUUCCCCAGCCUUCACAUGGCGCUAAAAUUGUAAAGAUUGAACGGUUCAGCGCUAAAACGAGACGCGCACUCGACCGUCGUGUUUUGUCUACGGAUGACGAGCAUACGCCGGGACCAUCGGGCACGAACAAAAAGGGAUCGAAAGCAGUCAACACGUGGGUUGAGGCUUAUGCAGAGAAGGAAAAACGUUGGAUUCCAUUUGAUGUACUGUGCGGUGCAUUGCCGUGCACGAAACACAUCCCUCAAGAGGAUUCCUCGGAACCCAUGCUAUACGUUUUUGCCUGGAAUAAUGAUGGGUCCAUUAAGGAUGUGUCCGCCCGAUACUUGUCCAAGUUAAUGAGCAUUCAGCAGAAGUUGCGCAUAAUGCAACAAUGGAUCGAUGAUACGUUGCUACAGUUUCGUCCCGAACGUACUGCACGCGAUAUUGCUGAGGAUCACCAACUGGACAGUAUUCUUGAGGCACGGCCACUACCGAAAACGAUUGCGGAGUAUAAAUGCCACCCGUACUUCGCUCUCAAGCGUCACCUGCUUAAGUUCGAAGCCAUCUAUCCACCCGAUGCUCCUACUCUCGGUUUCACGUCGAACAAGGAACCAGUGUAUGCGCGAGAGUGCGUGCAUACGCUGCACUCGAGGGAAAUCUGGCUCAAACAGGCGCGCACUGUGAAGCUGUAUGAAACGCCAUACAAAAUCGUAGCGGGUCGCCCCAAGUACGAUAGGUCCUCUGGCCAGAUGCUUCCUUCGCAACCGGUGGAACUGUUUGGUAUGUGGCAGACAGAAGAAUAUGACCCACCGACGGCAGAAGACGGCAUUGUGCCUCGGAACGCGUAUGGUAACGUGGAGCUGUUUAAACCGUGUAUGCUGCCAAAGAAAACGGUACACCUGCGAUUACCCGCUUUGAAUCGGAUUUGCAAAAAACUACGUAUCGACUGCGCACAGGCGGUCACUGGAUUCGACUUUCACGGUGGCAGCAGUCAUCCGGUGUACGAUGGGUUUGUCGUUUGCGAAGAAUACCGCGAUCUGGUCGUGGAUGCAUGGCAUGAGGAGCAGGCAGCCGAAGAGCAGAGGGCCCGCGACAAGUAUGAAAAGCGCGUGUACGGAAAUUGGAAGCGAUUGAUUAAGGGUCUGCUGAUACGCCAGAAAUUACAACACAAGUACAAUUUUGAUAACCUUAGCACGUAGAACGGUGCAACGGGACGAUGCAGCGUGUUUUCAUCAAAAGUAUUU